AAUCCCGAUUCAAGAAACUGCCACCGUUUUUUUCAGAGUUUAUUUAAUGCCACAACCGUUAGCACUAACGUCUUGGACCCACAUGAUUGGUCAAACUUUUUUGACUUUGUCCAGAUUACUUACACGUGUCUUAUGUGGACGGCUCAAGAUGUCGAGCAUGAGAUUAUUACACGUAGCACAGGCUAAAUGACUAUUUUAUCCUUCGUGGGAUUGAAAACAGUUUGCAACUUUGUAUCGUUUCAUUUUUUUUCUAGGGUUUGCUCGUUCUCUCUGUCCGCUCUGUUCUCUAGUGGAAGAAAUUAGGGUUUGGGUCAGUUUUCAGCGGGAUUUUGCUUAGGUUUAGUGUCUGAGUAAAGGGUUGGGGAGCGAUCGAGAUUCAGAAAAAGAAGGGGAAGGACAAGCAGCAGAUAUGGUAUGAUUGCAAACCCUAAUUUCGUUUUUCUGAGUUGAAUUAGGGGUUUUCUCUUAGGUUUUUGUUUCUCUUUCUUGUACUUUUUUUCUCUUGCUCUAUGUCCGCUCUGUUCUCUAGUGGAAGAAAUUAGGGUUUGGGUCAGUUUUCAGCGGGAUUUUGCUUAGGUUUAGUGUCUGAGUAAAGGGUUGGGGAGCUGAAGAUGAAGAAGAAUAAGGGGAAGCACAAGCAGCGGAUAUGUGACCAUACAUAUUAUCCAUAUAGAGAUAUCAGUGUGUUUGUUGUGAAUAGUAAACUUAAUUUGCUAUUCCCUCACAUGGAUAGAGAUAGAAUUGACCUUAAGGAAUUUGAGAAGAUGUUGCGUGUUAAGUUGCAUCUUGAUGAAACAGAAAUUCCAAAUUUAUAUUGGACCAUAGACCCAUGUCUGCCUGAGUAUUUGGUUACAAAUGAAGACUUGUUUAAGUUUUGGGAGCAUGCUGUACCUGAUGAUAAAGGGUUCAUAUGUUUACAAAUGAGUGUAAUGAAUUCAGAAUUUAGGAAUGACAAUGACUUCAUUAAGGAUGCAAUGGAACAACCAGUAGUAACAAUUGAUGAGACUCCUAAGAAGGCACCUAAGAGGAUUGCUAAGAAGCCAGUUUCAAAGGAAAAGUCAGUAAAGAUAUCACCUACAAGGAGAUCACCAAGGUUGCAUGCUCAAUCAAAGAAUGAAAACUCAAAUGGAGGAGCAUCUAGGAAGUUGUUGUUCAUGGAUCUGUUAAAUGAAGUGGAAUCUCAGGGUUUUUCUUGCCUAAGUCAAGCCACUGUUGUUGGUUCUAGCAGUACACCAGUUGAUAGCUUUAAUCAUGAUUACUGGGUUGAUGAAGUAAACAACACUGCUGCAGGGGAUAACACUGAUGCAGGGGAUAAGACUGAUGCAGGGGAUAAGGCUAAUGCAGGGGAUAAGACUGAUACAGGGGAUAAGACUGAUGCAGGGGAUAAGGCUAAUGCAGGGGAUAAGACUGAUACAGGGGAUAAGACUGAUGCAGGGGACAAUAGUGAUGGUGAUGAUGAGGACAAUGUGGUGCUAGAGAACACUACUGUAGAUGAAUGUCACCCCAUUGAAGACCCAAAUGCUCCACCAAUCUUUGACAGUGAUGAAGAAAAUGAUAUUGAUUAUGAAGAUAUUGUCAAGACAUACAAAGUUGGAGAUGAAAGCAGUGAUUCAAGCAGUAGUGAAGAAGACAAUGAAGAAGUUUCUAAUGAUGACAAGAAUAAUGAUAAGGAUAAUGAUGGUCCUGAAGUAAAUGAUGAUAAAUAUUCCAAACCAAAGCUUGAUUACCAGAAGUGGAAAGAAAUGUUCAAUAUGCACAGUGAUGAAGAAGAAGAACCAUUAUUCCCUGUAGAAGAAGAGGUGACUCCUGUUGAUCCUACUAAGAUGGAGGUAAAGUAUGCUUUUAAUAACAAGAGUGCUUAUAAGAAACAUCUUAGGGGUUACUGUGUAAAACAUAAUUAUCAGUAUACGGUCUAUAAGAGUGACAAAACAAGAUUAAGAGUGAGAUGUAGGUUUAGGGAAGAGUAUGGCUGUAACUGGUUUGUAAAUGCUAGCAUAAAAAGGCAUGAGCCUACUUUUAUUGUUAGGAAGGUUAAUCUAGAACACACUUGUGUUGCGGAUCCAAAGAGUUUUAACAGAUCCGCGGAUCCUGAGUUCGUAAAAGAUGUGGUACAUGAGAAGUUAAAGCAGACAGCUGGGGCCUUAAUUCCAAAGCCUAAACACAUUGCAAGAGACUUUUUUGUAACUCAUAACAUCAAUAUACCUUAUAUUUGUGCAUGGAAGGCUAGAAAUCUUCUUUUAGAAGAUCUGUUUGGUAAUUAUGAAGACAGCUACAAGGAUGUACCCAUCUUUUGUGCAAUGGUGGCUCAUACUAAUCCAGGGUCUGUUGCUAAAUACACUUAUGGGAAAAGAGAUAAGACAUUCAUGAGCAUGACUAUUUCAUUUGCUGCACCAAUGAGAGGAUUUCAGAAAGCUUGCAGGGGAGUCAUAGGUUUAGAUGCAUGCCAUCUAACUGGAAAGCGUGGUGGUGUUCUAAUGGCUGCAACAGCAAUUGAUGGUCAGAAUUCUCUGGUGCCUUUAGGCAUUAAGGUGGCUAAGAGUGAAACCAAGGAGAGCUGGACUGGGUUCCUCAAGGAUUUGGCUCCAGCAAUCAAUGCACAUCAUGCUGGCAGAAUUACCUUUAUUUCUGAUAGGCAAAAAGGGUUGUUGGAAUCUGUUCCAAAGGUUUUCCCUGGUGCAAGAGUUAGAUAUUGCUUCAGGCACUUGUACAAGAACUUCAAGAAGUACCACAAGGCACCAACCUUGCACAACUUAUUGUGGAAUGCAUGCAAAGCUUACAAAGUGAGGCAUUUUCAGGAGCACUUUGACAACAUAUGCAAAGAAAGUCCGGCUGCUGGUGAAUAUCUUAGGAAAGAAGAUCCAAGUACUUGGUCUAGGGCUUAUUUUGAUCCCAUUAGCUGUUGUGAGCAUAUGAAUAACAAUUUCUCAAAAUCAUUUAAUUAUAUGAGUUCUAAUAUGAGAGAUAAACCAAUAAUCCAACUAGGCAUGAUGUAUGGUCAGUUAGUAAUGGGUUUGUUAUUUAAGAGAAGGGAAGAAUCUGCUAAGUGGAAUCAAAAUGAUUUGGUCCCUGCUGCUGUUAAGUUGAUAAAUAAGAUGCUUGACUUGGUUGGGAAGUUUGAUACAGAAGGAAGUGUGGUUGGACAGGUUUAUUUGGUAACUAAUGUGUCUACCAAGAAAAUUUUCACAGUGAACAUUGUAGACAAACAAUGCACUUGUUUGCAAUGGCAGCUAAGGGGAUUCCCUUGUCAACAUGCUGUAUGUGCAUUGAAACUGCUCAGGCCAAACUGGAAAGAUUAUUGUGCUCCUUACUACUCUGUGGAAUAUUAUAGGACCAUAUAUGCAGAUGCUGUAAAUCCACUAGAAGACAUAAGUGAAUGGAACUGGGAAGAUAAGGCAUCCAUGGACAUCAACUUAAAGCCUCCUCCUUAUCAAAGAAAAACUGGAAGACCAGCAAAGAAGAGGAAGAGGAGCUAUGAUGAACCUGAAACUGUGGUGAAGAAAAGGAAAUGUGGAAAGUGUGGAUCUACUGCUGGUCAUAAUAAGAGAACCUGUGCUGGUGGUGAUGUUGGUAAAAACCCAACUGGAUUCAUGCCAAGAACCGAGUAUGAUGCUGCAAACUGCACCUUCACUAGUAGAGAUCAUCCUGAAAGUAGCAGUGCAAGGGGUAAAGCAAAGGUGAACAAAUCCAGAGGUACAUCUUCAUUUGUUGGUGAGUCAACAGGACCUAAAAACUUUGGAAGAGCACCAACAGAACCUAGCACCCAUGGAUCUACACAAGAUGUUCUGAAUUUCAGUCAGAACUUUACUGGUAUUGGAUCUGUUAGUCAACAUAUUCCUGUCACAAAGGGAAAGCAAAGCAAGGCUAAGAAGAAGUAGAAGUGUGUGUGUGCUUCUUGUUGUGUUAGAUCUUUUUUUUUUGCUUUAGACACUGAUAUCAUAGUGUUAGAUCUGUUUUUUU